AUGAAACGCGGGCUCAACAUAACUUAUACUUGCUCAGUCUGCGGUCAAAAGCACAAAGGAAAGCACUUUGGAGUGCAGGCUUGUCGCGCAUGCGCCUCGUUUUAUCGCCGGUCGUUGGUCGAAGGGAAGGUGUACAAAUGCCGAGGAACAGGGAAUUGUCAAUUGUCAAAAGAGCUGCGGAAUGAUUGCCGAGCCUGUCGGUUGGAGCGCUGUAAGCGCAUCGGAAUGACGGAGAGUCGGAUCCGCUAUCUCGAGUAUGAUGAGGAACGGCCGGAAUGUUCGAAAGAGCAUUCGAAAACAACUGGAGCUGCAAAGCCAACAACUGAUCUGAUCAAGCAGUAUCUUAAUGUACGUUUUAAAUUUCAGUUUAACUUUGGGACAGGAGAAUGAUGAUUUUUUGAAACAAUAAUGCAUAUUUCAGCCGGCAAAUUGUCCCACCAAUGAACUCGAAAAGUUCGUUGCGCAUUAUCGAAACUUUUGUAACGCAGAGAGGUCAAUGUAUAUCACUGAGAAUCCAGAGGACUUGUUCAGCACCUUUGAGGUAAGGGCUUUGACAUCUUUGUUUUUGUUGUUUAGACAAACCGUUAAGAAAGCAACUAGGCAUGUCCAAAGAAGCUGCGCAUUUGUCUGGAAUUUAUAAAGGGAAUUGCUACAUAAGUAUGCGACGCUUAUGUAUUGAUUAACCUUUGCGCAAAUAGUGAUUGAGCAAUGCGACUGACACGCCAAUUUGAGGGCUUGACUCCUCUAGUAAAAGAUGACUUUUAUUAUGCUCCAAAAAUCAGUCGUCAUUCAGAAAGGAACUUAUACACAGUUACAGGCAAACUGCUUAUUGACAGGACGCUUUCUUCGUUAUGGGUAUUCUCUGGCAGUGAUUGGAUAGCAUGGGUUGGUAAAGCGAAAACUGGUCCUUAUAGAGACUCCAUAAACCGCGCAUUCAGAAUUUGAGGAACGCCUAACAAUAAUCGCCACGCCAUAAAUAAACAGAACAUUAAAUGUCUUCCUUUAACACCAAAUUUAAAUUUAGUAAAAGUUUGUAAAUUUUAGACCGUAAAAUUCAAGCCAAUAACUCGCUCCGAGCAGAUCCGAAUGGAACGUGGUACCGUCCCACUUGUGCAUCGGCUUCUCCUAGACACCGCUCCAAUAUAUCGCGAGUUAUCGCAUGACAACAAAGUAAAGCUCAUGAAAAUCUUCCUCUACGAAUUCAUUUGUCUCCAUCGAGCUUUUGUCUCUGCCAGAGUUUACCGAGAAGACAAGCCAAGGGUCAUUUUAAACUAUGGAUAUUAUUGGGAUGUGGAAUCGGCGCUUGGUUUCUUUGAGGGCUCAAAAAAGCCGGAGGAGAAUGCAAAGUUUAUGAUUCCGAUUAUUGAGAGUUUUCUGGUUACGGUGAGAAAAAUGAGAGAAGUUAAUUUGACCGAACCGGAGCUCAUGAAGACUGUUGUGUUGAAUUUCUAUAACAUCCGUAAGUUCAUCAAGCAAGUUGGCACAUAGUAAUAAUAUUUGUCAAUUUUAGUUCAUGACCUCGGUCUGGACACUCCGGAAACCCGAAAGGCUGCGGACGAUAUUCAUACCGAAUUUUUGUUUUACCUCGCUUCACAGUAUGGAGUCCCCAAUAUUGGGCCUCGGAUAGGAUACUUUCAGCGCCUCAUGCAGCAUAUUGUCGUAAGUUUGGUGUAAAAAUAAGGCGCAGAAAUCAUAAUGAACACACUUUAAUGCGGAUUGUUUCAGAAACAAGCAUCCGAGUUCCGAGAAUCUAUGGUAAUUGCGAGAAUAUUCUUCCCCGAUGCCGGUACUGAAGUCUGGGACAACCUCGACAUACACGACGGCCUUUAUCGGCCGUAAGGGUAAUUGAAUAUUAUUUAUUGAAUACUUUAUAAUAAUUACGAAUAAAUGGCUAUCUCAUUCGUUCAAAGUCGGAAUUUUGAGAGAUAAUUAGAUUUAUCAGUCUUAUGUUUGAUAUGGCGGCGAUACUGAUACAGCCUGCAACUCAUUAUAGUCUCUUUCAACUCAUUUUAGUCCAACCUCACAAAAGCCUCAUUUAUAGCCUCUUGUGACCUGAAAUUCACUUGGUUGACCCAUAAAACUUCUGAAACACAUACUAUAGAUGCCGUUUUAUAAAAACUCAAAAUGCCGGGUCUCCUGUAGAGGUUAAAAUUAAGAUAGUUUGAGGGCUAAUUGGAUAGUACAUAAAAACAUGGAUCCCUUUUCCUAUUAUCUGUAAUAUGCACAUUUGCUCACUGGUCCUUAGCAGCAGCUUGCAGAUUCUCCUUAACUUUUUUCCGCUUUCAUCAAGACAUGAUGGCCUUUUUUACUACCCCUUCUUCUCCAAGCUUGCUAAACGACCGAUUAGAUUUUUCCUCCGACAAUAAAUCUCAAACUACACACCAAUCCAUUACUCCCACCGUAGACGAUCACCGUGCACCCGAUUAAGAGCAUUGUUAAACCCGAAUUCUUUGUAACUUUUGCGUUCGGCAGUAAAUCACAUGAACCGUCGAUGAACAGGACACCUUCUCACGCCCAUCGAUGUGCGAUCUUAUUGGUUCACAGCGGCGUUUAAAGAGCAUCCAUUUGAUGCACCUUGAACGUCGACGAAGGUUCAAAGAGCCUCCAACAGACAUGACACAACCCACAGACAUACCUUGCAUUCACUAUAAAUACAAGUUGAAUAUCAAAAAACUGUUUGGUUACUAGCUCUUAUCUGCUCUUAACUUAGACCAAAAUAUUUAUUAUUUAUAGGAAAAUUGGACCUUCCUUUAGUUCUGAAAACGAUACUUAUCACUUUUAUUAAAAAAUAAGCUGUCUCAAAGUCGCAUGUUCAGUGUCCGAUUAUUGAUACAUGUUAUUGACAUGAGUGGAAGGCGUGGACUUGGGCGCACUCGUGGCGUCAUCCACCCGCUCUCAUGAUGUUUCUAACAACUUGUGGCAACUCAAAAUAUGGUUGAGCUCGAUUCCAAAAAGUUUCUUUUAAUGUUGAUAAAAGUAAAUCUUUUUUUUUGAAUUUGUGUCACAUGCUCGUUUUCGUAAAAAUUGUUGUAUUAGUGCAAUGUAGAGCUGUUAUCUAUGUAACUCAAAUGGGCGAUGACGCUGAUAAGUCAGCCAGUGGAGAACAAUUUUUGUAUUUUUGAGGAUAACGCGGAUCUUUUUUUCGUUUUUCAUUAGAAAAAACUUUUAAAUUUUAUAAAACUUGGCCCAAAUCAAGAAUUUUAUUUAUAACGACAUACGUCAAUUUUUUUAUGACUUUCCGCUGAAACUACUGUUAUUUUGCUACAGCCGGAACAAAGCAGAUAUUAUAUUUUCUAAAUCGUUUUGUUUUUUUCUGUGGUGGCUACCAACCACCUUUGUUUUUGAGGGGUUCUAUUUCAUAGAAGCAUGACCGCAAUACGACUGAAUACGUGCUAUCUGUCAACUUUAUCAGCUUCUGAAAUUUUGGUAAAAGAUUGGAGCCUUAAAGUUUUCUGCCAAGUUUCAAAAUACUAUCAGAAAUUUCGUAUUAGCGAUGCGCCUUGCCCAUCACUCAAAAUACGAAAUCAUUUGUGUUUUGAGUGCCACAGGUGACAUCAAAAUGUAUUUUCUGGUUUGUGAAUUCACCAAUCUUAUCAACUAUAACAUUUAUUUAUCAACAAACCGGGUCUGAUCAGACAUUUAAGAUUUUUUAUUUUUCACCGAUCCCAAAUAAUAUAUUAUACCUUUUUUUAGUACUGAUAGGGGAGGUUUUUACCCAUCUCAUGAAGCCGUGUCACCUACCGAAAAAAGAAUCGUUUCUAGGAUCGUGCAGAGAGCUCAACUUUAAAGACAAAAAAUAAUAGUCGUCUUUCAGACCAUGGUUUUAAGGAUAUGUCUGGCAAUAUGCUUUAUCAUGAUGCUGAUCACUAUCGCCGAUGGAAAGAAGGUCCUAAUAUCACAGACAGCAAUGGGAAAAAGCCAUGUGUACUAUAGUAACGCUUUGGUUGAUAAACUGGCCGACCGUGGACAUAUUGUGGUAAGUAUCAACUUAGGAAUUCUAGCAAACCAAUGUUUUUGCGAUAGGCAUCGUUAGAUUUGGUCUAUCUGACAUUGCAAGUUUUUGAAGCGAGACUCCGGAUAUUGGUAAAAAUUGACACAAAUAUAGGUUAAUUAUGUAACUAUUUUAUGUAACUUAACUAUUUGAGGUUUCCAACUUGCGCUUCGCAGAAAGGAAUGACGUUUUCUAAAACGUCAACAUAAGAGUUGCCAGUUAUGAUCUACACCGAUUUUUAACCUACCCUACACCAUGUAUUUUCAGGACAAACUUGUGUUGAAUUGGAAUCCGGAAGCUCGAAUUAAGAUCUCCAAAAAAGCCAGAAAAGUUAUUCACGUUGACCAUGAAAAUACCCCGUACCUAAACGCAACGCAUCUCAUCAAUCCCUUCAAGGUUGGGCCGGUCAACGCCUUCGAUAUUUUCACACAAUGCCGAGUACUGUUCUGCGAAGAGCUCAUGUCCAACACGGAAUUGAUUAAUCAGCUUCGAGCGGAGGCGUAUGACAUAAUAUUAUUGUCAGCAUUCGAUGGCUGUGGCAUCAGUUUGGCUCAUAUUCUGGGGAUUCCAAGUACUGCGUUGUAUGUGGCCACUUCCAGUGCUGAUUAUGUGGCUGAGGGAUUUGGAAUUCCAGCGCCACCAAGCUAUCUGAGCAGUAAGCAAAGCCAUAUAUCAGAAACGUUAAAGGGGCUUUAUGAAUAGCAUAGACCGAGACUGUGUAGUGAAUUCUUUAACAGGAGCUUUUAUUUAUUGGAAAUAUAAGUUCUCAAUUUAAGUUCAGCCCAGAAAACAGGUCAAAAAUAAUGUCAUAACAUAUUGGACACCCCUCCCGAUUUUACAUGCUCUAUGAUUUACAAUAUCAUUCUUUCAGACGUCUUUGUCCCCAUUGCACCAGGCCGUCAACUAACCUUCGCCGAGCGCGUUAAAAGCUACUAUCGCUGGCUCCAACGCGAGAGUGAUUGGUACCGCGCAUUGCGCAACGUUGAGCAUCCCAUUGUUAACAAGUACUAUCCCGGAACCCCUACGUACACCGAACUGUUCAAAAAGCUCUCCUUUGUCUUUCUUAACAUGCCGGAACUCCUGGACAUUGGUCGCCCAAUCUCCUCGAAAAUCAAGUUUAUUGGGGGAAUUCAGAUGGAAGAUGAGUUGAAGAAGCCGGUUAAGGAACUGCCGGAGGUAAGUAGCAACGGUUCAAAAGCAAAUUUUGUGUUUAUUUUAGGAAUACGAGAAGAUUUUGUCGUCACGGCCAAAAGGAACCGUCAUAUUUUCCCUUGGCUCACAAAUUAUGAUGGGCGUUGUGCCAGUGGAGAUCAAGCAGGCUCUUUUAAAAUCAUUUGCCAAAUUCCCGGAAUACAGUUUCAUCUGGAAACAUGACCAACCAGAAUCAGUUGGACUGAAUAAUUCUACAAAUGUCUUCUUCAAGAAGUGGCUGCCUCAAAAGGAGCUGCUUGGUAAGUGGCAAUUUUACUUUCCAAUAAUUUUUUAUUAAAUUGUAAAACUGUAUUUAUAAGUUUUCAAAGAAUGACGUGUGAUAGAAUACUCUUUUCAGCUGACCGCCGAAUUCGCUGUUUCAUCACCCACAUGGGGCUCAAUUCGUACACCGAGCUCGCCUACGCCGGAGUUCCGACGAUAAUGCUUCCACUAUUCGCUGAUCAAGAGUUCAAUGCGGGCGUUGCGGAACGCAAAGGCCUUGGAAUUACAAUUCAUCGAACCAAAGUCACUGAAGACACUGUCACCGACGCUUUGAACAAAGUUUUGAAUGAUCCAAAAUACGAUGAGACCGCAAAAAUGUAUUCGCGAAUGCUAAGAAAUCAGCCCAACAAGCCGAGCGAAACUUUUGUUAAAUACGUUGAAUAUGCGAUGCAAUAUCCGAUGAUUCAUGAUGUGCUAAAUCUACCUUCAACGGAGCUGGAUUUCUGGGUGUUUAAUUCGUAUGAUGUCAUCGGAUUUUUCGCUGUAUGUGGACUAACUUUACUAGUGGUUUCUGCGGCAAUUAUCUGGAAGCUGAUUGCCGUGAUUGUGCCAUAUGUCCGAAGGGACAAGAGGAAAACGGAAUAG